AUGGCAACGAACACAGUUUCAACAACAUCAUCAUCAAUCAGCUCUCUUCCAGAUGAGGUACUUGCUCGAGUCUUGUCCUUUCUUCCUACUAAACAAGCUGCUUCCACCUCAACCCUCUCCAAGAGAUGGAGGAAUCUCUUUCCCCUCAUGAAUCUUCUCUGGGCGUCUCUCGACUUCGACGACUCUGACCUACUCCAUCCCGAAGAUGGUAGAAGAAAUCUCAAGGACAGCUUCAGAGACUUCGUUGAGAAAACACUCUUCUUCACUUGCAAUCCCUUGAAGAGAUUCUCACUGAAAUUCCAAGACGAUUUUCGACACACUCCUCGUACCAAAAAAUGGAUAUCAAAGGCAUUGGAACGAGGCGUUUCCGAUCUCGACCUCCGCGUGAAGAUGAUGCCUCAGAUAUACAAGCCACCGGAUCUUCUUCCAAGAUCAGUCUACGUGAACAACACACUCGUGAAGCUCACUCUAGGAACAGAGCGUGGUCUUGGAGUCCCUCCUUAUGUAGAUGUUGAUCUUCCUCUGCUCAAGUCUCUCUCCCUCUACACAGUUUGGUACACAACUUUCGAUCUAUGCGAGGAGAUGCUUCUUGGUUGCCCACAGCUGGAAGAGCUUUACAUACAACACUUGUUCGUUCCAGACGGGAAGAGCCGUUUCUGGUGCCUUGAACCACCACCGGUCCAUAUAGUUCACAAUAACAUCAAGAAACUCACGGUUCACUACCGCGAACAUGUUUCGACCUCUCGACGUUUAGUGUUGUGCACACCAAAUCUCAUCUUCUUGGACUACUCUGAUUACUUAACUUGUAGCUAUCCAGAUUGGGGUACUUUGUCAUCGCCUAAUGCCUUCAAAGCUCUUUUGGAAGCUCGGCUCAAUCUUGUGUUCUGUCCAAGAGGGAGAUGGGGCAAUGAACAUGUAAACUAUACUCAGCUCAUGAGUUAUAUAUGUGAUGUUCACAUCCUUCACAUCUCUUCUCAUACAGCUGAGUUAAUGUAUGAUUGUCUUGAUUAUUGGCGUAAUCAUGAUGGAUUUCCCUUCUUUAAGAAUCUAACUACUCUACACUUGAAGUGUCGUGGUAAAGAACAUUGGAAAUUGCUGUCCAAUUUUAUUGAAAGUUCUCCAAAGCUAGAAAUUUUGGUCCUUGAGGGCUUGUGCGGUAUAAGCGACGAUUGUGAGGUUGUUGUUGUUGGUGGUAAUGUGGUGAAGGUGCUUGAGAUACAAGGAUAUAAAGGAAGACUUGGAGAACUAAACCAAGUCAAGUGCUUCUUGUGUGAAUUGGAGAAUCUUGAAGAGAUGAAAGUGAAGAUUAGUGUUGAUGAGAUAGAGCACAAGUUGCAACUCGCACAUGAUCUUCUUGCUCUUCCUAAACGUUCAUCCAAAUGCAACAUGCAUGUCUUGCUACCGGUUUAG